ACAGAGGAGUGUUCAUAACUUCUCUGUGCUUGUCCUCCUCCUCCUCCUCCAUCUCUCUCUCUCUCUCUCUCUCUCUCACACACAGACACACAGAACCAGGAAGUUUCAGAGAAAACGAAACUGAUCUCUCUCUCUCCGUGUGUGAGUUUAGGAAAAUGGCUGAAGCCAAUAUUUCAGUAGAUCAGGAUCAGUUCAGCUGUCCAGUGUGUCUGGAUCUCCUGAAGGAUCCGGUGACUAUCCCCUGUGGUCACAGUUUCUGUAAGGUGUGUAUUAAUGGCUGCUGGGAUCAGGAGGAUCAGAAGGCCAUCUACAGCUGUCCUCAGUGCAGAGACACUUUCACUCCAAGGCCUGUUCUAUGCAGAAACAACAUGCUGGCUGAAGUGGUGGAGAAACUGAAGAAGAUUGAAGUCCAAGCUGCUUCUCCUGCUCACUGUUACACUGGACCUGGAGAUGUGGAGUGUGAUUUCUGCACCGGGAGAAAACACAAAGCCGUCAAGUCCUGUCUGAUCUGUGUGGCUUCGCUUUGUGAAACUCAUCUGAAACCUCAUUUAGAAAUUCCUGCUUUGAAAAAACACACAUUAACUGAAGCCUCUGGAAAUCUACAAGAGAAGAUCUGCUCUGAACAUGAUGAAGUGUUGAAGAUCUACUGUCGUACUGACCAAAGGUGUAUUUGCUCUUUGUGCAUGUUGGAUAAACAUAAAGGCCAUGACGCUGUAUCAGUUGCAGCAGGAAGAGCUGAGAAACAGAGUGAGUUAAAGGAGGAGCAGAUGAAAUUCCAGCAGAGAAUCCAGGAGAAGCAGAAGAAGGUGCAGGAGCUGAAACAGACUGUGAACACUAUAAAGCUCAGUGCACAGACAGCAGUAGAUGACAGUGAGAUGAUCUUUACUGAGAUGAUCAGCUCCAUGGAGAAAAAGCGCUCGGAGGUGACGGAGCUGAUCAGAGCUCAGGAGAAGGCUGAACUGAGUCGAGCUGAACGACUCCUGGAGCAACUGGAGCAGGAGAUUGCUGAUCUUCAGAGGAGAGUCACUGAGCUGGAGCAGCUUUCACACACACACGAUCACAUCCAUUUCCUCCAGGCUUUAGCUUCUGGAUGUUGGUAUCCUCCAUUAAAUAGACCAGAGUUUGACAUGUCCAGCAUCACUGUCCCUCAGCAUCUGUCAUUUGAUGGAGUGAGGAAUUCUCUCUCAGAUCUGAAGAAGAGACUGGAGGAAUUCUGUGAGGAGGAAUUCAACAAAAUCCCUCCACAUGCUGCAGCAGUUCAGAUCAUUUCACCACCAGAGCCACAGAGCAGAGAAGAGUUUCUGAAAUAUUUCUGUUAUCUGACUCUGGAUCCCAACACGACACAUCCUAACCUCAUUCUGUCUGAGAAGAACAGAGUGGUGAGAGUCAAUGAGAGAGAGCAGCAGUACUCUGAUCAUCCAGAGAGAUUUGACUACUACAGACAGGUGUUGUGUAAGGAGAGUGUGUGUGGACGCUGUUACUGGGAGGUGGAGUGGAGAGGUGUUGAUGUGUUCAUAUCAGUCUCAUAUAAAGACAUCAGCAGGAAAGGACUGGGUGAUGAGUGUGGGUUUGGACGCAACAAUCAGUCCUGGCCUCUGCAAUGUUCUUCUUUUUCUUCUUCUCUCUCUUUCUAUCACAACAACAUUGAGACUGAUCUCAGAGUUCCAUCACCGUCCAGAAUAGGAGUUUAUGUGGAUCAAAGUGCAGGAACUCUGUCCUUCUACAGCGUCUCUGACACCAUGAAGCUCCUCCACAGAGUCCACACCACAUUCACUCAGCCUCUAUAUGCUGGGUUCUUCAUUGGUUUACUAUCAUACGUGAGGUUGUGUGAUCCAGAAUAAGAUGUAUCUGGUGUUUUGUGGUCAGUAACAAGUAGAAAUUGUAUCACAAAUGAUCUUAUCGAAAAGUGUUUAAUUUCAACAAGAUUCCACAUUAUAGAGAGAUCGUUCCUGAGCACCAAAGCACUAAAAUGUAAAUCUAAAACACACACACAGAAUAUUCAUUCUUUGUAAUGUGGUAAUCAUUUUAUUAUCCACAGACACUUACAGAAGUGAGGUUUAUAGGUUUUUAACAAUUAAGAACCUUAUUUUAAUGAAACAUUUAUAAAGUUUAUAAUAUCCUGGUUGUGUAAGUAUGUACAGCUUUAUAUUUGGGGGUGUGUCUGUGUUCAGAAUAAACCAAUCACAUUCAAUCUCAUGUACAAAAGUAAUUAUCAUCAGCUGCAUCAAUGAAAUGAUUCUGAUUAACUCCAAAUAAAGAAGCUUCUGUGGGAUUUUCUUCAAAUCUUCUUGUCCAGGAGGCUGAAGUGGAGGUUUGUCGAGUGUGAACCAUCUGUAGCGAUGCUGAUGGCUCUUCUAGUGAGGCGGGUGUGGAAGAUAUCCACAAGGGAGGGCAGAGAGACACCAAUGAUCUUGCUGGCAUCACAUGAUAUGAGGUGGGACUUGUGCUUUCCUCAGUUUGUGAAGGAAGUAGAGGCGUGACUGAGAUUUCUUGGCCUGCAAUGUGGUAUUCGUCAUCCAGGAGAGGUCCUCAGAGAUAUGCACCCCUAGGAACCUGGUGCUGUUCACCCUCCUCAUUUGGCACCAUUGAUGGUUAGUGGGGGGUGCAGUGGAGGUCCUCUUCUGAAAUCGAUGACAAUUCCUUUGGUCUUCCCCACGUUGAGGAAGAGAUUGUAGUCAUUACACCACUUGACCAGUCAGCUCACCUUGUUCCUGUAGUUGGCCUUGUUGUUGUUUUUGAUAAGGCCCACUACAGUUGUGUUGUCUGGAAACUUGAUAAUGUGGUUGGUACUGUAACUGGGUACACAAUCAUGGGUCAGCAGGGUGAAGAGCAGGGGGCUGUGUGCACACCCUUCUGGUCAUCCUGUGCUUAGUGUGACAGUCUUAGAUGUUUUUUCGCUGACCCGUACAUUUUGUGGUCUCCCUGAUAAGAAAUCUAGCACCCAGUUACAGACAGGUGAGUUGAGUUCCAGGUGUCUAAGUUUGUUUAUUAGCUGCUGGGGGAUGAUCAUGUUAAAGGCUGAGCUAAAAUCCAGGAAAAGCAUUCGCGCAUAGGAGUCUUUGGAGUCCAGGUAUGUAAGGGCUGGAUGGAGAGUGGCUGAAAUGACAUGUUCCGUGGACCUCUUAGUUCUGUAUACAAACUGGAACGGACUGUGCGAGGGAGGAAAAAUGGAUUUUAUCUAUUGCGUGGCCACUUGCUCAAAGCACGGUAGUCAUUGUGGCUGUAUGGGUGCGGCUUUUUUGGGACUGGAAUUAUUGUGGUGGCCUUGAAACACUUGGGGACGACUGCUUGACUCAGCGAGAUGUUAAAGAUGUCAGUUAGUAUAUCCUUGAGUUCUUCAGCACAGUUCUUUAGAACCUGACCAGGAUCCUGAACCACAAGUGGUUUACAAGAGAACUUCAGGACAUGGACCAUGUGAAACAAGUGGAAUAAAACUGAUCCAAUGACACACAGCUGAAAGUGUGUAAAUAGUCUAGAGCUCAGCAUGCAUACUGAAUCACUACUGACUUCUGGAAAACAUAUGACUUUACUGAUAGAAUGAUAAAAAAUACAUGAAGAAAAAGUCUCAGAUUGUGACGCUUCGCGCCGGAUAGCCGAGGGGAAAAAAAGAGCUCAAAGACAAAAAUAGCGUUCAGCGCAAAACCUUUAUGAUCGGCCUCUUUCAGCAUCACAAAAUUAUAAUACAAAACAAAGUAAAAGUAAAGAAAAGGGUAAAAGACUAGAGCAUUUUGGGGGGGAGCAGCACACCUGAGCUCCUACCCUGUUCUCUCCCCCUCACACACACACCUCCACAGCACACACACUGGGGGGGAUGGGCAGCAACUCUUAAAGGGCAACAUACAUACAUAAUGUGGUAUAUAACACAGUAGUGGCCGUUACAGACUACCCCCUACAGAGAAAAGGCUGUCCCCAGCUGUACACAACAUAAGGACAACAUCUGUAAGUUCAACUCCAUACAUGGAAACAUUGAAUUACAAAAACCCGUUCUGUCAUACACACAAGGGCAUAUACUAACGCACACAUCAGUGAAAAACCACACAUUACUUUGUAUGCUGAUGAAACAAAAGAAAUACAGAACACAAAAAUUCUUGUACCUUACAAGGGUGUGCAACGAACAUUUUCUGCCAACACACGAACAUUAGUAACAACUCAGAAAUAACAGCAAUGUACAAUGAAACCUAGGCAAGCAUAUACACUCAUAACACCCUAGACUCUUAAGUCACAAUAACCUCUACCACUUAAAGUCAAGUCUGCCGGUAUAGUAGUCAUUAGUCCAUUUCUUUUGUGACCAACCCGUGGUAACUCUCGGAGCAUGUCUAGGUCUGAGGUCAUAGUGAUGAUUUUGUCUAGCGUUAUCAAAGGCAUGGUCAUGAAGAUCAUGUGUAGAAGUGUCAAAGUCAACAACAGGGGCAAAAUUACUUCUGUCACCUAUGGACACAUUGUAAAUAAUGUCAGUCAAAGAAUCCCAAUCAACAUUUGAUGCAUCAGGCAAACAAGAGUUUACACUUUGAGAUGGAAACACACUUUCAUCAAGUUCUUCAUCAAGUAUGUCAGUCAUGUAAAAGCCCAUCUGGCCCAUGUACCAUACUCUCAGGUCUGGAAUGGAAAGGUUGCAUGUUUACAACAUGAAAAACACCUGCAUCUUCCCCCGUAUCCAUUUUUUUUUAGCCACAUCAGACAAAACCUGAACAACACAGUAAGGACCAGAGUAAAGUGAUGCCAACUCAGCUGUGAAAUUCGCAAAAGCGUCAGACUUUGGGUGUGUUUUUACUCUGACAAGAUCACCAAUUGAAUAAUAAACACAACGUCUUUUCUUAUCGUAGUGUUUCUUUCUCUUUGCAUGAUUAAACUCCAAGCUCGCUUUCGCAUGUUCAUGAGCUUCCUGUAAUGAAGACUGCAACUGUUCCAGGUAAGGAAUGUCAAUUUCAAGCUCUUCACCUCCAGUGGGUUGAGUCACCAAGUCUAAAGGAGUGUUCAACUCACGUCCGUACAACAACAUUGACGGUGAUUGUCCCGUAUUCUCAUGAGGAGCAGUACGUAAGGCAAAACAAAUCUGGGGAAUGUAUCUGUCCCACAGGGUGUGUUUGUCAUCAAUAUAUGCUCUAAUUGCCGUUUUCAACGUUCUGUUCACCCGUUCCGUCGCAUUCGUCUGCGGGUGAUACGCAGUAGUCAGACGGUGUUCAGUUCCCAGGAAGGUAAGUAGUUUUUCAAACAGGUCACUCACAAAGGGGGAACCGCUGUCCGAAAUAAGGUAAGUUGGUGCUCUGUGACGUGAGAACACUUCACUCAACAGUCUACUCACUGCCACUUGUGCUGUUGCUUCUCUCACUGCCACAAUCUCUACCCAUUUCAAAAAAUAGUCUACAAAGACCAAGAUGUAAGCAUUUCCAUUGGAUGUACGAGGUAAAGGGCCAACAAAGUCAACUCCGACGUACUCCCAAGGCUUUUGAGGACGGAUUGGGACCAUAAGACCAGCUGGCUUAUGCUGACUCAGCUUAGUCAAUUGGCAGACUUUACAAGAAGACACAUACAUUUUCAUUUCUGAUGAUAUUUUAGGCCAGAAAAAUCAGUGUUUCAGACGUGCCAAGGUCUUCGUCAUUCCAAGAUGACCAGCGGUUGGAUGAUCAUGGAAGUAUUGCAGUACAGUGUUUUUAAGAGAUGCAGGAACAUACAGCUUUAAACAUUUCAGAGGAUGGAUACUACAUGCAGAUGUAGGAUCAUUAAAAUACAGUAGCCCAUCAUGAAUUGAAAAUUGAGAACAUUCUUUUGCCUUUUCACUUGACCGGGGUGCCGUUUCCAUCAUUCGUAGAUGAUCACCAAUGAUAGGGUCAUCAAGUUGCAGUUGUUUCACUAGAGAUCGGUCAGGAAGAGGUAAGGUUGUCGAUGAGCGAAGUUCAAGUCCACCGAUUAUAGCAUACUCAGGUAGUAUGUCCAUGGGAGACUCAUCACUCUGCAGAGGAUUCCUUGACAGUGCGUCAGGUACCUUGUUACGCGUACCAGGCUUAUGGACAACGUCAAAGUCUUGAAGACGAAGCGACCAUCGAGCAAGUCUACCAGUAGGAUUUGGACGUGACAUCAGCCAUUUCAAUCCACUGUGGUCGGUAAAAAUUGUGACGUGUAGACCUUCAACAUACGGUCGGAAGUGUUCAAGUGCCCAAAUGACUGCUAGACACUCUUCUUCAGGAGUGGAAUAGGGUUUUUCCGAUUUAUGUAGGGCUCUACUUGCAAAUGCCACCGCAACUUCUCUACCUUGCACAUCUUUCUGCAUUAAUGCGGCCCCAAGACCAACGUCACAUGCAUCAGCAUGAAGAAAGAAAGGUAAGGUGAAGUCAGCAAAACUCAAUACAGGCUCUGUUGUCAAUUUUUGCUUCAGAAGCUCAAAUGACUCUUGACAUGCACUGUCCCAGACAAAAGGGUUAUCUUUUUUUGUGAGUGUGAACAAAGGCUCAGCAUGCAUAAUCCUGUAUGAAUCUUCUGUAAUACCCUCAAAAUGAUCAAAAUGAUCAGAAAAGUUUUCAAGCACUUCUGUCAUUUGUUCCCUUUCUGUAGAACUUAAGCAAGCUUCAUCCAUUUUUUGAGAAAGCACAGAAGAUGGGACAUCCAUGAGGAACAGACUACUUCCUGAAUCAUUUAUGUCGCUGCCCUCCAUUACAUCAGCAAUCAAGGGAUUGUUCCCAACAACAACCGUUCUUGAAGGAAUGUGAAUAAUGACUGAAGCACGCUGCAUGAAAUCCAUACCAAGGACCAAGAUAGAUGGCAGAUGUGUAACAACAGCAAAACGCUGAUAGAAGCGCUCUCCCAUGAAUCCAAAAUUCAACCAGGUAAUGCCAACAGGAUCACAAGUACUACCAUCAGCCAGUAAAAUUGGUGAAGUAGUCCAUGGUUUAAUGUUAGCAUUUAAUUUAGGGUGACUUUGAACAAUAUCAGCUUGAAUAGCCGAAAGAGAUGCACCAGUGUCUAAAGUAGCAUUGAACACUUGGCCAUUAAGAUUAAUUUUCACUCUGAAUGGAGUGUUCCAAAAAGAAGGAGACGCAGUAUCUUCAACAUGACUCAGAACAUGUAAAAGGGAUUCAUCUUUAUCAGAAAGGAGAGGCGAAGUCAUUUCUUGGAGAGAGGAUUGCCUCUGCGAAUCGUCUUCCCUCCUCUGGAGUUUCCCGAGUGCCUGCCAGAGGAGUUUCCAUCACUUGCGGCACCUUGUUCAGGUAAGUUUAAACUUCCAGAAAGAGUAGUUGUUGUCUGACCAUCCAUAGGUUCAACAUAUUGUGAGUCUGUCUCAAAAAAUGAAUUACAUUUUGGACAAGUGCGUAAAGUGAAGCCAGGAAGUAAGCAUUUGAAGCAGUGAAUUUCCCUGUUCAUCUUUGUUUUGUCUUUUACUGUGGCAGGAAGACAUGCACCUGAGCCCAAACAGCAUGAAGCUCAUGAGCUCUAAGAAGGAGAUCCAUUCCAGAGGAAACGGAUGUACCAUAGAGAGAAAUUCUGUACUUUUUAAGUGAGUGCUUACAAAUUAAGUCUACUUGCUCACAUUCAGGUGGCGGAGUUUUCAAUUUUUUGAACUCACUUAACAUGUGAGCCACAAAAGUAGGGAAAGGCUCGUCAGGAGUUUGAAAUUGGUCCAAGAUACCUCUCAUGAUCUGUUCUUGGUUAUCAGAUGGAAGAAAAACCGUUUGGAAUAACUCACAGAAUCGUGUCCAUGAAGUAACAUGUGAACUGAGAACAGAAAACCACGUCUUUGGUUCCUUCCCCAAAAACUGAGGUAGGUCCAAGAGAACUUGUGCGUCAUUUAAGUCAAGCGAAGUUCUGUACACAUUGACAGACUGUAACCAAUCUUCAGGAUGUACACGUACAUCACCCGUAAACACAGGUGGCUCCAGUCUUGACUGAUGCCAGAAUUCUACUGGUAUUGGUCACAUCAGAAGAGUUCAAUUGUGGAGAGAAAGUCACAUUCGUUGGGCAAGCAUCAACAGUAUUCAUACCUUGAUAUGGCACACGGUCCGAAGGAAUGUGUGGCGUGGAGCUGGCCAUUGGAGAUAACUGUGCUCUUUGCCCCGCCAUUGCGUCAACAUCACGAGGUCCAAGACGUCUCAAUACUUUCUGCUGCAACUCAAGAGAAUCACUUAGACAUUUUUGUAAAACUGACACUUCAGCUGUCAGGACUUCAACUUGAGCACACCUGAGCUCCUACCCUGUUCUCUCCCCCUCACACACACACACCUCCACAGCGCACACACUGGGGGGGAUGGGCAGCAACUCUUAAAGGGCAACAUACAUACAUAAUGUGAUAUAUAACAUAGUAGUGGCCGUUACAACAUGAUGAAAUACUGCUUCUGCAUCCACUUUAAUGUCCUGCUGUACAUUUCUUUAUUUUACACACACUUUCUGAUGACUCGGAGAUUCGGACAAAACACUCACAAGCAUAUAAACAAACAAACAAACAAACAAACAAACAAACAAAUAAAU